UUUGUUAUCUGCCGAAUUCCCGUGAGAUCACCAGCUCGCAAGGGAACGCGAAUUUCAAAUAUUACUCACUAAAUGUGUGAGUAGGUUGCGCAAUUUAUUCUAAUAUUACGGUACAAAGUCCGCGGCAGAGUACUUUUAAAAUUGUUGUGUGAAAACUUGAAAUGUGUAUUGUUUUGACAGUGUGAGAGUGUCAGUGUUGUGAUCUGUUUUGCAGGUAAAACUGUUUGUCCGGCGUGAAGUGGUGAGAUAAUAGCGGGACUUCCGAGCACCAUGCACCAUGUUGGAGGGGCUGGUGGCUUGGGUUUUGAACAACUACCUCGGGAAAUAUGUGGAGAACUUGAACACGGAUCAGCUGAGCGUAGCGCUGCUGUCUGGCAAAGUAGAGCUUGAGAAUCUACCACUGAAGAAGGAUGCGCUGCGUCACCUGGGCCUGCCGGUGGAGGUGCGCGCCGGGUUCAUCGGCAAGGUGCAGCUGCAGGUGCCCGUGCGCCAGAUCCGUUCGGCGCCGUGGCUCAUCGCCAUCGAGAAACUGUACCUCGUCGCGGCGCCUGUCAAUUUAGAUGAGUGGGACAGCACGGUGGAGGCGCACUAUGCGCACGAGCGCAAGAUGUCGCUGCUGGACGCGCUGGAGGCGCAGUGGCGCGCCGAGCACGAGGCCAGCGACGCCGGCUACUACGCCACCUCCUACUCCUCCUGGCUCAGCUACGGCACCGGCCUGCUCGCCAACAUCGUGGAGAACCUGCAGUUGAAGUUGAACGACGUGCACAUCCGCUACGAGGACGCGCUGACGUGUGCGCCGAGCGCGUUCGCGUGCGGGCUGACGGUGGAGUCGCUGGCGGCCGACUCGUGCGACAGCGAGUGGCGGCGCGGGUUCACGCUGCUGCCCGACCCCGACGGCUGCUCCUUCAAGCUGCUCGAGCUGCACAACCUCGCCGUCUACUGGGACGUUAUGCCGGUACCUGGCGGCAUGUUCGCGGACUGCAGUAUCGCUGAGCUUACGGAGCGCAUGAAUCAGACAUGGAAGAGUUCACAUCGGUACCUGGCGGCGCCGAGUCGCGCAUGCGCACGUGUUCGUCGCGAGCGCACGCACCUGCCGCUGCGGUCGCGCACGCGUCCGCGGUUCACUUGCCACCUUACGUUGGACACUGUGCUGCUCAAUCUCACUUCUCGGCAGUACGGCGAGGCGGUGCGGUGCGUGGCGGGGCUGGCGCGCGUGUCGCGGCUGCGCGCGCGCCGCGCCCGGCGGCCGGCCGCGCCGCUGCGGGGCCACGCGCGCGCCUGGUGGAUCUACGCGCUCGACUGCCACCGCCCGCACCACCCCUGGACGGAGCCGAGGCCGACGUGGGAGUCGUGCCUGGAGAGCGCGCGGCAGACGCUGCAGUACGUGGACAUCUACCUGCAGCUGCUGAACAACCCGGCCGCCACGCUGCCGCCCGACAAGAAGCUCGUCAAAGACGAGUUCGAGUGGCGCACGCCGCUGCACGUACUCAGGGCGCUUAGAGAGGUGGCGAUGAGAAAAGUUCCCAAAUCGAGUCCAGUGACAACGCCCGACAAGCCUUCGUCGGGGCGCAGUAUGUUGGUGCACUGGUUCCCGCAGUGGUGGGGCUGGUACUCCACACCUGCGCAAGCUGACGCGGAAGCUGUCACUGCCGCUCUUCCUGAACCCGCACUCGCUCCUUCUGACCACGCUCCUGCGGACCUGGAGGAGGAGAUCCUGGGCGCCAUCGCGGACUCGCUCGAUGACAACACGCUGCUCAAGAAGGACACCGUCUUCGCCAAGUUCGAGUUCAUAUUGAACAACGGCUCGCUCAAUCUGAGUAUGGGCGAUGAAGAUGACAAGGCGGCGGAGAGCGGUGGUGAUGGCGGCGCGUUGGAGUUGCAGUUCUGGGUGGUGCGCGCGGGCGUGGAGUGGCGCGCGCGUGCGUCGUCGUUGUCGCUGGGCGUGUCGCUCGGAGCCGUGCUGCUGCGCGAGCGCAUCACGCCACACACCCUCUUCCCCAUCAUUUGUGCGCCACAGGGCGUGAUCCGCGAGGGUCUGGGCUCGUCGAGCGCGGCGUCGGCGACGUGGGGGCGCGCCUCCACGCAGCAGGACCCACUGUUCCAGCUCACCUACGAGAAGAAGCCCUUCGGACUCAACUGCGAUCACAAGUUGUGGGUGAAGUCGGCGUCGCUGGAGGUGGUGCCGUCGGUGUCGGUGCUGCGCUGGUUGCGCGGGUUCGGCGGCGAGGUGUCUGCGCCGGCGCUGCCCGCGCUGCCCGCGCCCGCCGCCGCCGCGCGCCUCAUGGACCGCUGGGAGCACGCGCUGCGGGCCAGGCCGGGAGACCGUCAGUCGUGGCACGUGGAGCUCGACAUCUCGGCUCCGCAAAUCCUGCUGGUACAGGAAGUGCAAUCGCGAGACUCCUCCGUACUAGUGGUAGAUUUCGGGCGGCUGCGGUUGGCUAACGCAACAGCGCCUGACCCACAGCCAGAACCCAUCCUCGAUGACGAAGAAAUGUUCAUGACUCCGUGUUCGACGCCGCCGGGUAGCCUGCUGUCGCCGAGCUCUCCGCCCGACCUGCCCAAGCACCACCAGCAAGCGCUGGACGCCGCCAACUUGCACAGCAAGAUUUACGAAAGAUACAUGAUCGAGCUGAGCGACCUGCAGAUCCUAGUGGGUCGCGUGCGGGACAACUGGAAGUACGCGCACACCAAGUCCACCUCCUCGCUGCAUCUGCUCGACAGGUUCAGCAUAUCGCUGCAGGCGGAGCGGCGCGUGGUGCAGACGAGCGACCCGCAGUACCCGACGGCGACGCUGUGCGGGUCGCUGCCGGCGCUGGUGGUGCACCUCAGCGAGCAGAAGCUGUUCGCCGUCCGCGCCGUGCUCAACCACCUGCCGCUCUUCACCCGCGACAGGCCGCCCGCGUCCCCGCCACAGCCGCACCCCAGCGCGUCGGAGGCGGAGGACAGCAGCAUGAGCUCCGAGACGGAGCGCUCCGAACUCUCCGCGCACCACAACUCCACGCUCUUCAUGCUGCAGUUCGCCAUCGACCAGAUGUCGUUAGAGGUGCAGUCGCGCGGGCGCAGCAUCGCGGAGGUGCAGGUGUGCGGCGUGAAGGCGGCGGUGACGGCGCGGCCGCGCGACCUGUCGCUGUCGCUGUCGGUGGACUCGCUGCUGCUCGUCGACGCGCUGCAGACCUACGGGCCCGACUUCGAGCUUCUCGUCGCCAGUCACAAGCAUGUCGGAAUGGACACAGCGUCAGGCAGCAUUCGAGGUUCAGAGCCGACGUCGCCUACUUCGCCCACGUCGCCCACAUCACCUGGCUCGCCGGACGGUCGCGGGUCACUACCUCACCCACACGCUAUACACCAGGCAUUGUAUUCUCUGCAUCACGGGACGAAUAAUAAAUAUCCAUCGGAAGCUGACCGCACGAGCCCAGCUCCGAGCUGGAUAACAGGCACCAGCGCAAGCUGGACGGGCACCAACACGCUCUGCGGAGGCAACACCACCUGGGGCAGCGCCACCUGGGGGCAGGGAGGCGCGUGGAACGGCAACGGAGCACCCUGGGCCGGCACCGCCGCGGGCUGGGGCGCCGCCGGCCUCGUCGACUCCGAGGCUCUCAUCGCGCUGGAGCUCUGCAUCGUGAAGGGAGAUGGCGAUUCAGAAGAGUUGAGGAUCGCUAAUAUACUGUUCAAUAAUUUGGAUAUCAUUGCGAAUCAAGAGACUAUAGUGGAGCUGAUCGGGUUCACGCAGCGCGUGCUCGGGCCCGGCGCCGCGCACAAGCACGCCGACGCACUGCGGCAGCGCCACGCCGCCGCGCCCAUGACGCAGACUUCCGUCGAGGAAUCGGAAAAUAAAAAAGAAGUCCGUACGGAGAUAACAUUCGACUUCCACCGACUGGGCGUACUGUUGCUACGCGCCGCCAUGCACGAGGGCAACGUGGUCGCCAGGAAGAUUGCCACCGCAACUAUCAGCGAGGCCAAGAUACAGGCGACUGUUGACGCGUCGCGCGUGGAGGUGGGGGGGUCGCUGGGCGGCGUGGCGGUGGUGUCGCUGUGCGAGGGCGGCGGGUUGCACACGCGCGUGCUCUCGGCGGGCCGCGCCACGCACCACGGGCACGCGCAUGCGCAGGCGCACCAUGCGCCGCUCGGCGCCGAAGACGAGCGAGCGCUGCAUUUUACCAUCGACAGGAAGGUCAACGCGCCCACCGAUGGCAACGCCGCAGUGGUGGAAGCGCGGGUGACAUUGCACGUGGCUAGUGUGUGGUACACGCACUCUGGACCGCUACUCCGAGAAUUGCGCUCGUGCCUUACGGAGUUCAAGCAGUACUUGGCGAACUUGGCGCGGUCCAUACGCGCCGCUGCCGCUGAUAUGGCCAUAGGACUUGUUCACCCCAGAGGCGAGUCAAUAUACUCGAACCCGAAGCUGUCGCAGUCCACGGAGGGCGUGUCGCCCCGACGUCGCACCGUCAGCAUGGGCACCUCCAUCGACGAUCCAGCCGAUCUAGCCUCGGAGAACAUCGUGCUCAGCGUGAGCGUGGAGCUGGAGUCGCCGGUGGUGGUGGUGCCGCGCUCGGCGGCCAGCACGCAGGUGGUGGUGGCGCACCUCGGCCGCAUGUCGCUGCUCAACCAGCCCGGCCCGCCGCGCCUCGCGCGCUACAGCGUGCGCGUGCGCGACAUCUCACUCGUCACUUUGGACGUGUCGGAGCAACUGCGCGUGCACCCGCUGACGUCGGAGAGCAUGCAGGACGUGUACGACGUGGCGCGCGGCAAGCCCGUGCUGCACAACACCGCGCUGCACGUCAACGUCAACUACAACGACGUCGAGGUUGAAGGCGAGACUAUGAAUCAGUGUGAAGUCAGCGGUAAGAUAGUGGGCGGUCUGCACGUGUCCGCGUGUCGCGAGCAGUACGAGCAGCUGCUAGAGACUGUUAGCUGGAUCGCCAGCUCCGCGGACGCGCCCGCAGACGUGGUCGACGCCGCUGCGCCGGUGCAUGUGGGCUCUAUGGUGGAGCCGGCGGUGCCUACGCUGCGGCUGGACCCGGCGGUGCGCGCCGCCGUACUCGCCGUGCCACCUCCCGCCGCCAUCCAUCAACAACAACACCCGCCCGCGAGCCAUAUGCACGUGACGUUCGAGGUGUGUACGUUCAGCGUGGAGUUGCGCGCGGACGUGGGCGAGGGCGAGCGCAGCUUGGUGGAGCUGUCCUUCAGGGAGUUCCUGCUGCGGUACACACGCGAUCAUCCGCACGAGACCAUGCUGCAGGUAUCCCUACAUUCGAUCACUAUGGAAGACCUGACGAAGGAGCCCGACUCGAAACACCGUCUGCUUAUGGUGUCGCACGCGCCACGCGUGCCGCCGCGCGCCACAUUCCUGUCAAAGUCGUGUCCGGAGCUGGCGGGCGGCCGCGUGGAGCUGGCGGCCGACCUGCUCCACAAUAAGCACGACAGCUCCCUGCCCGCGCAGCUCAACUUAAGGGCCAAGGAGGGUAUUGACAAACGUAGCAAGCGUGACAGCGUGUGUGGCGUGACGCCUCCGUGCUCUCCCGAGGGUGUAGAGCAGGACUCUGCAGGCGAACCCGAAGAUGAUGUGGACGCUGAUGCUGACGCCGAGGCCAACGCUGAUGCCGACAGACGCGCUAGCGAUAAUCUCGUCUGGAUAUCUGUACAUACUAGGGACCCUAAGCAUCCGCUCUUUGAAGAGAAGUAUAAUAAGGUGUGUAAGCUGACGAAAGUUGAGUUCAACAGUUUGAAUCUGAUAGUGAGUAUUGACAGCUGGGUGGCGGUGUUGGAUUUUUUCGGCAUCGCCGGCGACGACCUGCCCGAGGAACAGGAGCUUGAGAGACACGAGACAACGGGCGAGGUGUCGGCCGUAGAAGGAGGCGUGCGUCAAACGGAGAUGUCGAUCCGCUCAGUGUCCGUGGUGGGCGUGGCGCGCGGCCGCGAGCGCUGGCGGGUGCGCGUCAAGGGCGCGCGCGUGACGGUGCGGGCCGGCGGAGUGGGGGGAGCGGGGGGCCGCGCGCGCACGGUGCACGGGCGGCUCGGCGCGCUGCGCGUGUGCGACCUCACGCCGCGCGCGCCGCUGUGGCGCCGCCGGCUGCGCACGCGCCCGCCGCGGGCGCUCGCCUUUACGUACUGCAGACUGAGUAGUUUGGAGGCUGCGACGGCCGGGUACGACACGAGCCUGAGCAUCGAGAUGGGUCCGGUGACGUACGUGCACACCAAGCGGUUCGUGCACGAGCUGUACGCGUUCGCGAACGAGUUCAGCCUGUUGCGCCGCGUCAUCAUGCAAGCCAGGCUUAAGGUGUCAUCGUCGUCCGGGUUCGAGUCGGCGGGUCGCGUGGAGCGGCGGCGGCUGAGCGUGGUGUGCGACGCGCCGGUGAUCGUGCUGCCGGUGGCGGGCCGCGCACGCGCCGCGCUCGCGGCUCAGCUCUGUGCGCUGCGCCUGCACAACUGCUUCCAGCUCGCGGGAGACGCCGGCACUGUCAGCGUGCGCGCCGACCCUGCACUAGAACCCCGCGAGCUGCUGGAGGUGCGCACGGUGGAGCUGGAGGGCGUGUCGCUGGCGGGGGCGGAGGCGGUGGGCGGCACGGUGCGCACGCGCGGACCGCCGUUACUGCGCGCGCCCGCUUGCCUCGCCCUACGACUCGAACACAACCUCUCCAGCGGCCACAACGUUCCAGAAAUGACAGUGCAAGGCACACUGACGACGCUUGAAUGUUCGCUGGACGUGGCGCAGUACCGGCUGGUGCGCGGCGUGUUGGCGCACAACCUGGCCGAGCCGCUCGACGACCACCACCAGCACCAACACCACCAGCCGCACCAAUCCGCUGCUAAGACGGACCAGGUGUGGACGACGUUGUCGAUAAAUCUGGACCUGCACGACGUAACGGUGAAGCUGGAGCCGGAGCACGGCGUCUCCUCACUCGCCUGCAUCAACUUCAUCAAAUCCAACCUCCUGGUCGAGAUGUAUUCGGACUUCAGCCAGGAUAUUGACCUCGUGUCGCAGGAGAUCCUGGUGAGUGACACGCGGUACGCGAAGGAGCCGGCGAACAGGCGCGGCAACGUGUUCAGCCACAUCGUGCAGCCCAUGGCCGAGCAGCGACACAGCGUGCAGGCUGAGGUGCACGCCAGGUUGCGUCGCGAGUCCUCAGCGUAUACGAUACUGGUGAACAACAUGCGCCUGAUGGCGAUCCUGGACUGGUGGGAGGCGGCCAACCAAUUCAUCAUGCAGCCUCCGGCGACGCCCACGGAUCCAGACCAACCUUUGUUCGUGGAGGAGGCGUGCCUGUCGUACCGUUCGCCGAGUAGUGCCCCGAGCGAGGCGGCGCGCGGCGCGGGCGGCGGGCCCGACGAGCCGCAGGUGGAGCUCAAGCUCAACGUCACCGACUCGCAGCUCGUGCUCGUCGAGGACGCCUCCGUGUGGGACACCAACGCCGUUAUACUCAGGAGUACGACGGUGGUGACGUACCGGCGCGCGGUGUCGCUGGUGCCGCUGUCGUGUUCGCUGAACGAGCUGGAGGUGUUCUCGUGCGUGCUGGGGCUGGAGGAGGAGACGGCACUCUCCAUCAUCGAGCCCGCCGCGCUGCACGUCUCGCUCGACGCUAACCGGCUGCUGCACGUACAAAUGGGCACAUUGAAUCUCCGUUUAUCAUACCACGAUAUGCGUAUGUUCGCAUCGAUGCUGCAGUCGCUGCCUGUGCAGUUCAGAGUGGCUCUUUCAGGCAAGUCGAUAGUGUCUGAUCCUGAAGUGGACGCACCCGCCAACAGCGUAUUCAUGCGUGCGCACUCGCAGCCCGGCGCAGGCGCAGACGGUAGCAGCGCAGGCGGCUGGGCGCCCCCGCCGCGCUGGGCCCGCGCACACCACGCGCCUGCUCCGGCGCCGCCUAAAAACGCAAACUCAGGACCAAUACACGGCGUGCAGGUGAGCGCGGAGUGCAUCACCCUGUGCGUGAUCGACGACUGCAUGGACUCGGACGUGCCGCUGCUCGAGGUGUCGCUCAGCGAACUACAAGUUGAACAGGACCUGCGCAAAGUGGAGGAAUCGUUCGAAGAUCCGAUGCUGGUGGUGACGCCGGGCACGCCGGCGGGCUCGGAGCGGCGGCCGGCGCUGGGCGCGGGCGCGGGUGCCGGUGGGGGCCGGCUCGGCGCCGUGCUCAGCGUCGACUACUACAACCGCACGCUGUCUGGCUGGGAGCCCGUCAUCGAGCCGUGGAAGUUCGAGACCCGUUGGGAGCAGACGCUGACGAGCAAGCUCGCGCCGGGGCGGCUGCAGGUGGAGGUGACGUCGCCGGAGACGCUCAGCACCACCGUCACGUCCGCGCUCAUCGAGCUCGGCCAGCUCGUGCGCAACAACUGGACCGCCGACUACUACGCGCCCGCGCACAAACAGCAGUGGUCGUCGUCGCCGAAGGGCAGUCCGGCGGGGCACCGGCGGCGCGCGCCGUUCGUGCCGUACGCGCUACGUAACCACACCGGACACCCGCUCUGGUUCACCACGCUGCUCACCACCGCUGACCAGAUCCACACGGCGCAGUCGUGGUCGACUCCGGACGACUCGUGGGUGGUGGUGCGCGCGGGCGACACGGAGCCGUUCUCGUUCGGGUCGCGGCGCGGGCGCGCGCGCGGGCGCACGCCGGCCGACGGCGCGGGCGCCGCCGCGCUGCACCAGCUCGCGCUCCGGCUCGACGGCUGGACGCCGCCGGACCCUGUGUGCGUUGACAGGGUCGGGGUGUUCUUCAGACAUCUCACCCACAAUAAAUCUGGUGCGGAAGCACGCAUAGUGUUGGAAGUAUCGCUGGAGGGGUCAGCUCGCAAGCUGGUGACGGUGCGGUCCGCGCUGCAGCUGAUCAACAAGUUGCCGCAUCCUGUUGAAGUGAGGGUCGGCCACGCGCCCACCGCUGCGCAGUGGAGCGGCGGCGCGCGCAGUGCGCAGGUGGCGGCGGGCGCGCGCUGGGCGGCGCCGCUGAGUGCGCACGCGCCCGCGCUGUGGACGCGCCCGCUCGCGCGCGCCCACUCCGCGCGCCCGCCGCCCGCGCAGCACGCGCCCGCCGCGGUCGACUGGCGCGCCGCCUGCAACACGCACGCGCUGCUGCACUACGAGUGCCGGGCGCCGCCUGACCAUCUCUACAGAUUCUGCUGCGUGAUAGUUCGCGAGCGGUUCCCGCCGGACCGGGGACCACCUAUCGCGGGUCACACUUUGACUCUGGUGCCAGAGUUACGACUUGAGAACUUGUUGCCGCUGGAGAUGCAGUACCGUGCGGCUACUACCUCAGGAGACAUCCGAGCUACCGGCAACGUUUCACCUGGAGACACCAGGCCGUUCCAUGAGGUGAACGUCGAAGAAGGCGUAGAAGUGAGCGUGAAGCUGGAAGGUUUCAUGUGGUCGACGGCGCUGUGCGUGGGCGGCGCGGGCGCAGCCGCCACCUCCUUCACCGCGCGGCUCAAGCUACGCGACACGCGCGGCCGCCGACUCUACCUCAACGCCAGGGUCUCCAUCAGCAAAACGGACGGCGUCAAGGUGUCGAUAUCAGCGGCGUACUGGCUCGUGAACCGCACGGGGCUGCCGCUGGUGUUCCGCGCCGAGGGCAGCGCGCAGGAGGCGGCCGGGCAGUUCGCCGAGCACGAGGUGGCGCGCAUGGUGGCGCCGCUGCUCUUCUCCUUCGCGGAGGCCGACGGCGGGCCCACCGUGGCGGCCAGGCUCGGGAAGGGAUUCUGCAGCAAUCCAGAGUGGUGCUCGCCGUUCGGUCUGGGCCCGGGCGUGUGCGUGAAGCGCGUGGUGUCGCGGUCGGAGGGCGGCGAGCGCGUGCUGGCGCUGGGCGUGCGCGUGCGCGCCGGCCGCGGCCGCUACCGACACACCAACAUCGUCACACUCGCGCCGCGCUACCAGCUGCACAACAACACCUCGCAUACGCUGCAGUUUGCGCAGAAGUGUGCCGCCACUACACUAUCGGACCCGGGCGCGACGGCGACGCACGUGUGCGCGGUGUCGGGGUGCUACCUGCCGUGGCACUGGGCGCGGCACGAGCGCGAGCAGCUGCUGUGCGUGCGCGUGCUGGCCACCAGCGGCGCCAGCGCCGCGCCGCUCACCGCUUGGUCCGGUGGCUUCCGCAUCGAUGCGCCUAGAGCGUUGCAUCUCGCUUGCAGAGAGCCCGGCGGCCGGUUCGUGGUGAUCCGCGCGGAGGUGGUGUGCCAGGGCGCGACGCUGUUCGUGGUGUUGACGGACGCGGAGUGCGCGCCGCCACCGCUGCGCAUACACAACUACUCGCCCGUCUCCAUCAUGUUCCACCAGGUGGGUUGCGCGGAGGAGUGCGCGGUGGGUGCGCACGCGCGGGUUACUUGGGCGCUGCCGGAGCCGGAGGGCGCGGCGGCGCUAGCGCUGCGGGCGCCGGGCGGGCCGCGCGCCACGCUGCCGCUGGACGUGCUGCCCGCCGCCUACACGCUGCUCUAUCAGAACUUCAUCUAUGUCGUCUUCACCGCCACGAUGAAAAAGGAUCCCAGUGUGACCAGUGCGGAUAAGCAGACGUCGCAAGCAGCGCACGCGGACGACAACGCGCUCGUGCUCGAGGUGCCGAUGGGAUCCAACCGCGUCGUGCUCGGCAGGAAACGAUAUGGAGACAGGUCACAAUUAUGGCGAAGAGGUCCCAACAAUCAGCUAAUCCACGAGGGCAGCUCGCCGCCACAACCUACAGACGCGUUGCUCUCUGAAGAUGCACCUUUAUCGCCUCAUGCCAUGGUGUUGGACAUAGAGGAGGCAGCGCCGCGGCCGGGCCGCGCGUCCCCGCUGGUGCUGCGGCGCGCGGACCCGCGGCGCGCGUCGACGCAGGCGUGGCGCGUGGUGGCGCCGGGCCGCAUGGCGUGCGCGCACCGCAACCUGUGCGUGCAGCCCGAGGGCACGUCGCUGCUGGCGCUGACGGCCGGCGCGCGCGUCGUGCUGGCGCUGCCGGCGCGCGCCUGCGCGGGGCCCGUGCCGCCGCCCGAGCAGGCCGUGGCGUGGCACACGCUGCGCCCCGGCUCCGGCCGCCUGCACCUCGCGCUCGCCGCCGACGGACCCACGCGCACCGUCUCCAUACACGACCAUCAGGACCCCGAGUCUGGGUGGAUCGAAGACUCAGAAGAGGAGCAAUCGGAGGAGUCGUCCGGGCGCGAGUGGGAGGCGCGCGUGGCGGUGGCGGGGCUGUCGGUGUCGCUGGUGGCGCGGUCGCCGCCGGCGGAGCUGGUGCACGCGCUGUUCGCGGGAGUGGCGCUGUCGCUCACCGUCGCCGCCAAGCACCGCACGCUCACGCUCUCCGUCACCAACAUGCAGUGGGAUAAUCAGCUGGUAGACACUCCCAGCCCGGUGCUGCUGUACUGCCUGCCGGAGCGCGGCGGCGGCAGUCCGUCGAUGCCGGCGCUGCACGCGGCGGUGGAGCUGCAGAAGUCUCCGGUGUCGCGCUACAACGCUUACUUCUUCAGACACCUCGUCAUCGGACUGCGACCGCUCGCCAUACGACUCGAAGAGAGGCUGAUCCUGCAGCUGUGGGCGUGGGCGUGGGUGGAGGACGAGGACAGUGCGCAGGAGCAGGUGGACGAGGCGGACUACGAGACGCGGCGCAUGCUCGACGAGCUCACCGCGCUGCACGCCACCAGAUACUACUUCGCGCUGAUCAAGAUCAUACCCAGCCAGAUUCGUCUGUCGAUGUGCACGGCGAACAAGCUGGAGAGCUCGCUGAGUGCGCUGAAGCGUCGGCUCGGGCUGACGCUGAUCAAGUUCGAGGACGCGGCCGUCGAGCUCGAGCCGUUCGUGCGCAUGCACGUGUUCGACACCGCCUCAUACCUCGGACGGCAGAUGCUCGCACACUUCAAAGACGAGCUGAAGUGGCAGGCGGCCAAGAUUUUGGGCUCUGUGGAUUUCCUCGGCAACCCGCUGGGAUUCGUGGCGGAUGUGUCGGAGGGAGUCAGCGGACUCCUGUUAGAGGGCAAUGUUGGUGCGCUGCUGAAAAAUGUCACUCACGGCAUCUCUAACUCCGCCGCUAAGGUUUCAGAGUCGCUGGGCGACGGGCUGGAGCGCGUGGUAUGGGACGAGGCGCACGAGGAGACGCGCCGGCGCAUCCGCAGCGCCGCGCGCGGGCACCACAUCGCGGCCGGCUUCCGCGGCCUCGGCCUCGGCAUACUCGGCGGCAUGACAUCCCUAGUGAAGCACAGCUACGAAGGCGCGACGCAGGAGGGGUUGGGCGGGUUCAUCGCCGGCGUGGGCAAGGGGCUCGUGGGCACCGUCACCAAGCCCGUCAUCGGCGUGCUCGACCUCGCCGCCGAGACCGCCUCCGCACUCAGAGAUACUAGCCGCAGGUCUGAUAAGUGGGUGCCGGAGCGCGUGCGCGGGCCGCGGUGGUGCGCGGGCGCGGGCGGACUGGUGCCGCGCUACAGCGGCGCGCAUGCGCACGGUGCGGCGUUGCUGCGCGCACUGGCGGGUGGCUCCGAGCGCUUUGUGGCGCACCGCAACGUGCGAGACGCGCCACACGACAUCCGCGCGCUGCUCUCCGACACCUACCUGCGCAUCUUCACCUGCAAGCACGACACGCCGCACGUCGUCAUGGAGACGCACCUCAGCAACUUAGUAUCCUGUUCGGUGGUGUGUGCGGACGGCGCGUACUUCGUGGAGCUGGGCGUGCGCGGUGGCGGCGCGGGCGGCGGGGCGAGCGCGGCGGGUGCGGGGGGCGCGGGAGGCGCGGGGGCCGCGGAGGCGGUGCGGCGGCCGCGCGUGCAGUGCGACAGCGAGGAGCUGGCGGCGUGGGUCGCGCGCCACGCCGCCUACGCGCGCCAGCUGUACCACGAGCAUGCGCACACGCUGCACCCGCACACUGACCUCUAGGGACAACACGGGUAAACUCACCGGCGCACCACCGACAAUAAUGGUAUAGAAGAUACGACUGCUAUCAUGUAUUGAUACACAUACGAUAUAUAGCACAUUUGAAACUUGUCGACACUAUCAACAAAUCUAUCUUUACUUAAAAAGCUGACGAAUAAGGAAUAGCCGUCACUAGUUUACUAAAUAUUUAAUACACUAAUGACAUGAUUAAUCGACUGAAUUAAUAUCGACUUAAAAGACUAGCACUCUGUAUAAUACUUCGUGAAUUCUACGAGACGUCGUUAAUACUAUUGAAGAAUGGACUCCAAAAUGCACGUGGCAUUAAAACACAGCCGAGUAUUGUUAUAGUGUUGCUGCUGUUUAUAGACAGGCGUGACGUUUAUCAGGUAAACCUUCUGGUUUCAACAUUAAAAAGGCUAGAAAAAAAAAUAAUGUAGUACAUUUCGGAGACCCAUUCAAUUUAAACAGAUAACUUAUAAUCAACUUCUAUGGAAAUCGGAACUCUUUCGAUAUAAGAACCGUUAACUGCCAACAAAGUUGUGGUAAGUCGAUAAUUAAGUCUGUAAAUAUAUGACUUAGUCAACAAUAAUUGACGAUAAGUAUUUAAUUACGAAGUUUAGAAAUAAGUAUUGUAUAUCAUUCAUUGUUGCAAUAUUUUUAUCGGUAACUCUAUAUAAACUUGAAAAUUAUGUACAUCCCUUGUAGUCACUGAAAAAUCUUAAUCGAGAUGCGUAUAAUAAAUAAAUUUAAGGACCAAACUUAAAAAAAUAUCGAUUUCUACUUGUAACCAGUAGAUAAUUAUAAUGUGAUAUAGCGAUUAUUUAUGGGUAGUUCAACGAUUCUAUAUAUUGAAAUCGAUAAUUUUCUUCUUCAGUAAUCGAUAUAAAUUCAAAUGAUUAGUUAUCGUUAAGAUUAUACGUAACAAGACUUAUUUAACGUGAGUCAUUUUCAAAACUGUAAACAUAGUGAUAACAAAACUUAUCGAUUUCAAUAUGUAGAAUUUUAUUCCUGUCAUAAUAUCUGUAUAUAUGUAGUGGAUGUUGUAUGUACGCCGCUGUCGCAUGCCUAUCGUGGUGUAGAGAAUUAGUAUCAAUGUUAAUUAUUUAUUUUAUUUCUAGUCUAAACUAAAUAGAACAAUUUUCAUAUUACUGUAACAUUGCGGCGUAGUAACCUAGCUUAGUUUGUAGUCUAUAUAUGGGUGAACAGCACUAAGCUGAAGCUAGCGAAUCUUAUCUCUUAGGAAACCAAUUUAAAAAAUCAAUACUUAAGUAGAAACAUAAAUUAUUAUUUAAUAAUUUUGUUAUGAUUAUAAAAUACAAUUUUAUUGUUAGUUUAUGGUCUAUGACCUAUCAAUAUUUAUCGAUGUCGAUAACUGGUUCCGUAUAUCGAUGUGUCUACGCCUCUUUGGUAGAGAUAAUAUGAAAUUUCUAGUCUAGUGUUUUUAGAGAUAGUUAUCGGCAUAUAAAUUGUGCGCUGGAGAAAUAUGCAAAAACUGUUUGCGCGUGCACGAAUAUACUACUUCUGAUUGAUUUAAGGCGCUAUACAUGAGCCUUAUUCUCUAUGCCCCACAUUAUUAUGACAGUGUGUAACAAGCAUAUAAUGCACUGCGUUUAAGACAAUAAAAUCGGCAUAGAGAAUACCACUCCACGCUAAUUUCACGAAUACCGUAACACGGCCGUGUUACUUUAAGUUUACACUGUCAUAGAUAAUAAAGCCCCAGAGUCUAAACAAGAUCCAUGUUAAAUGAUAUUAUGUGAAUAAAAUGACAAUUUGAGUGUGUGCCAAAAUAUAUGCCGGUACCUAUAGUAGUAACUAUUCUGUUUAUAUAUAUUAUGGUAAUAUAUGUAUUAUAAACACAAGUGUAAGAUAUAUUUAUUAUAUUAUAUCAGGUUAUUUAUUUUUUAAUUUUACCUAAAAAUUCAGCAGUUAUUAAUUUAUAAAACAUCAGAAUACUUUGAGAAUAUAUUUUGUCACAAAAACAUAUUGUUUAAUGUAUAUUGUGUGGGUGUGCCGGAGACGUCCCCGGCUGUGAUAGAAUGAUAUGACAAGAGAAGAGAAAUGACAAGUCUGUGUGACUUAUAUUUUUGUGUAUAAUUCUAUGUUGUACAGAAGGGCAGCGAGUAUGCAUUUGGGAUGUUUAUGUAAAAAGUUUACGAAUAAUGACGCAUUACUCUCUCGGUACUAGAGAAGUUUAUACUAAUAAUGGCCAAGAAGAUGCUUCGUAUUUACAUUACAAUAUUUAUAAUAAUGCGUGUAUAAAUUGGAAUAGGGGACCGGACAGGUAUUACCAAAAAAUCUGAAAUUCAGUUUAAAGUAAAGUUUGUAAUAUUAAAAAUAUUAUCUCAUAUUUGUUU